UUUGCAUGCAUUUGUUGAGCAAGGCAACCACGGGUAUACGAGUGAAACUCAAACCACCGGAAGAUCUAGGAACAGACUGACAAACGCACUGUGCAGAAAGCGCUUAUUGGUGCAAGACUGUUGUUGUUGUGAAUGAUGGGAGGCUUUCAAUCUCUGCCUGAUGACCAUCAUUACCGAACUCUGUCUAAGAAGACAGGCUUUUCACUGGAGCAGAUCGGAAUUCUUCACAAUCGUUUCAAACAGCUUAGCAAAAAUGAAGAAACCUUACGGAAAGAUGACUUUAAAACGAUACAAGACCUGGAAAGCAACCCUAUUCGAUCCCAAAUAAUAGAGGCCUUUUUUGAUAGAAGAAACUUCCAGAAAGAUGAGGUCGGAUCGGUGGAUGAAAUCGGUUUUGAGGAAUUCCUUACAGUCAUGUCAUAUUUCAGAGCACCGUCCCAUCACAUUACAGAAGAGCAGAGAGAAGAGAUUAGGAGGGCAAAACUACGCUUCCUGUUUAAUAUGCAUGACACAGACAAUGAUGGAACCAUAACACUGGAUGAAUACAGACAUGUAGUAGAGGAAUUACUUUCUCGUAGUGGGGCACUUGGAAGAGAAACAGCCAAGGGCAUUGCAGAUGCUGCAAUGCUGGAGGUUGCCAGCAUCUCAGUCGGUCCCAUGGCACCUGGUGAAGUUUAUGAAGGGAUCACAUUUGAGCAUUUUUUGAAGAUUCUUCAAGGAAUUGAGAUUGAGACGAGAAUGAACAUUCGCUUCUUAAACAUGGAUACGUCUGUGCUUUGCAAAUAAUGCCGCAGGCCCAGUUUCUGAUAAUAUGACCUCUUUUUGCACUUUAUUAGAUAAGACCAGUUUAGAAUUGCUUGGAUAGGUCUUUAGUUUGUACAAGGAAACCGAGAAAGGGGCAUUUCAACUUAAGAUUGCAAUAAGAAAAAACAAGCUAGACAUGACUGAGUACUGGCUUUGCAUGCACAUAUUUUGUUAGGAAACAUAAAAUAAGGCAUUAGGCUACUGUGCAAUAAAACUAGUUUUUAUUUAUUUUACUAAACUGUUUCUGGAAGUUAAGUUAUUGCAAAAGCUGUUUGCAGUACUAAAAUCUUUUUAUUUAACAGCAUGUUUAAUGAUUGUAAAUAGCCAAAUUCUAAUAUAUUUUCACAUAUUUAUUUCUUCUCAUAUUAACACUUAAUACUGAUAAAAUUAAAAGUACUUGAGUACUGCAGUUACGCAUAUAAACCAGCAAGUGUCACUGAUGUCAUGAUUUUGUAUGGCUUCGAAAACUUCUCAGGUGCACGCAGGUACUUACAGUACACAACCAAUGUGCAUGCAUCAACAGCAUGUGAAAGUACAUACAUUUUUUAAAUUUCAAACCAUACAAAAUAUUCUUUAGCAAUGUGAAUGGGACAAUGACACUGAUAUCUGAAAUUUGCUAGUGUAUACCAAAGACUUUUAAACCAUGACAACAAAAGCAAAAAUAUCAAAGUGUUUUAUGUUAACGUGCAGCAGUAUGCUUUGCAUAGAGUAUUCAGAUGCGUUGUACAUGCAAAAAUGAAACUACAUUAGCAAUUCUUCUGUGAAAGAAUGGGUGUUUCUUCUGUGAAUGGAAAGAUUUUACGUGCAAUAACUGUAUCGAAUAUGGUAAUUGCAUUCACCACAAUUAAAAUGGCAUCUUGCAACA